UGUCUCAUAACGGUUCAGCCCAGUUAGCUCCUGUUAGUUCCUGUUAGCAUCUGGUAAAUUCCGUACGCCUGCGACUCAGCUUUAGCUUCUGUUCAUAACUCUGACAGUUGCUGUGUUUAAUUUAGGAAUAAACGCCUUGUUCUCUGUAACUCUCCGGUUCCUGUUGAUCAAUAACCUCAGUUAGCUUAGUCAGCAAAGCCUGUGAACGAUGCGAACGAUACAGCUCACAGUUUAAUGCUGCGUUUGUGUGUUUGUAGACAUGAAAACAGCGAGGACGAGACGUUAGCAUGUUGUUAACACACAGCCAGAGAAACACAGAGACAAGAACAGGUCCCUGUCAAGUGGAGUGAGUCAGACCCCCGUCUGGUCUGAGGUCUGAGGUGGACCAGUGAGGAAAGACAUGUUCAGCCCUGUUUAGUCCCUGAUCCACAACCACAGAUCAUGUCUGAGAAUCAGGUCAUCAACAAUAACGCUCCGGUCAAUAACAACACAGCUGCUGUAGGACCAAAUAGGAUCCGGAACCCCAACAUGAACCAGAACCCGCUCAUUAACGUGCGGGAUCGCCUCUUCCACGCCCUCUUUUUUAAGACCGCCGUCACCUACGCCCGACUCUUCCCUCCAUCCUUCAGAAGAGUCUUUGAGUUUUUCUUCCUGCUCAAGGCGCUCUUUGUUCUCUUCAUUCUCGCCUACAUCCACAUUGCCUUCUCCCGCUCACCCAUCAACUGUCUGGAGGGGGUGAGGGAGCGAUGGCCACGGGAUGGGAUCCUGAGAGUGGAGAUCCAGAGAAACUCUAGCCGCUCGCCCGUCUUCCUGCAGUACUACGACUCACCCGGUGUGCAGGAGGAGCUGGAGGAGGAACAGCAUGGAAGAGGAGCAGCAGGCGUAGGGCUGCAAGAAGAGGAAGAGGAGGAGGAGGAAAUGACUGUGGAGAUGUUUGACAACAGCUCAGUGCAGUUUGAGCUGGACAUUGAACCCCGUCUGAAGCCAUCGCUUGUCGGAGGAGGAAGAGGGGGACUGAUGGUAGGAGAAGGAGGAGGCAACAAGAGUCAGGAGGUCUCUUUCACUCAGGCAGCUAAAGGUAUGGAGCCACUGAAGGAGUCAGUGUCUGAGCUGGAGAUGAUGACCAGAGCAGUGUGGCCUCAGGAAGAAUACAUCGUGGAAUAUUCCCUGGAGUACGGCUUCCUGCGUCUGUCCCAGAACACCAGACAACGACUUAACAUCCCUGUCAUGGUGGUAACUCUGGAUCCCAUGAAGGACGAGUGUUUCGGAGACAGCUUCAGUCGGUUUCUGCUGGACGAGUUCCUGGGAUAUGACGACAUCCUGAUGUCCAGUGUAAAGGCUUUGGCUGAGAAUGAGGAAAAUAAAGGCUUCCUCAGGAACGUGGUGUCUGGAGAACAUUAUCGGUUUGUCAGCAUGUGGAUGGCUAGAACCUCCUACCUGGCCGCCUUUGUCAUCAUGGUCAUAUUUACGCUGUCCGUGUCCAUGCUGCUCAGAUACUCCCACCACCAGAUCUUCGUCUUCAUCGUGGACCUUCUGCAGAUGUUGGAGAUGAACAUGACCAUCGCUUUCCCAGCAGCCCCUCUGCUCACCGUCAUCCUGGCCCUUGUUGGUAUGGAGGCCAUUAUGUCUGAGUUCUUCAACGACACGACCACCGCCUUCUACAUCAUCCUCAUCGUCUGGUUGGCUGACCAGUACGACGCCAUCUGCUGCCACACAAACACCAGCAAACGCCAUUGGUUGAGGUUCUUCUAUCUGUACCACUUUGCGUUCUACGCCUACCACUAUCGCUUUAACGGUCAGUACAGCAGUUUGGCACUGGUCACUUCCUGGCUCUUCAUCCAGCACUCCAUGAUCUACUUCUUCCACCACUACGAGCUUCCUGCCAUCCUGCAGCAGAUCAGGAUCCAGGAGAUGCUGCUGCAGAACCAGGCCGGUCAGAACCACCAGACGGCCGUGCAGGACAAUCUAAACAACAACACCACCGCUAACACUAACAGCACUGCGCCGGGCUCUGCUGAGUCCAACCAGCCAGCUCCGUCCUCCAGCCCUUCAACAACAACAACAGCAGUAGGAGGAGGUGGUGAGGUGAGGGCGGAGCUAAACUGGGUGGCCCACACGGCCGCCAUCAUCACAGAAGCUCUGUCCUCCACCACCCAGAAUGCCAGAGUGGACACAGCGGAGCCCCACCCUCCCAGUGAGGGCCACGAGUCAGGAGGAGGAGGAGUUACGGGAGGAGAUGCUGAUUCAACAGUUUCAGCAGAAAAUAAAACUACAGUUGAGUCGUUGUCUAUCAGCCAGCCAAUCAGAUGUCAGCAGAUGGAGGCGGGGCCUUCUGCUGGAGCAGCAUCCCCAGAAACAGACUCCGUCCCUUUACAGAGUCCUGGUGCAGACUGUCCUCCUCACACGUCCCCAAGGACGUCCUCCUGUGUCCUUCUGACAUCGUGUGACCUCAGUCUGACCUCCUUUGCUGAUCAAGGUGAUUGAUCACUGGUUGAUUCUCUGACUUUUAAAGUGACACCUGACAAAGAUUUAUUAACUUCCUGUGAUCGACAACAACACAUGCCACUAGUCUGGUCAGGUGGCUCCAUGUCACAUGACCUUGGUCACAAGAGCCGUUCAAUUAAUUAAUCAGUUGAAUGAUAACUUUAGAACAUGUGAUUGAUAACAAUAACCGUGAAACUUGAAGACGGGUUAUUGAUCAACCCAGAUUCUGACCAGAUCUGGUUUUUGUUGAUUUUAUUUUGAAAGGGUCAUGAUUGACAGUAGAGACACUUCCUGUCAGAACUGAUGCCUUAUUGAUCAUUUUCUGACGUCAGCAGCUCACUGAUGUCAACUAUCACACCUCAGGCCCCGCCCCUCACACCAGAAAAAUACCCACGUCCCAGUCAGUGGGGUGCAGCCUAGCCUCCGGUCUUCAGACCAUAGGGGGUCAAAGGUCAUUGAAAAGAGAUCCUCGGAAGUUCUCGUGAUUUGAUUUCCAUAAAUGUACUCGUCUGAGUGGCAGAGGGGAGGAGUCAGGUCACCCCCCCACAUCACCACACACCACUCUCACUGGAGGAUUCUGGGAUGUAGGGGCUGGGAAUCCUGACCUCGGUCUAAACAGGUAGAACAACAAUGUCACUGUUUGUAUUUGUUGAUUCUAAUUGAUGUGGGUCAGAACCACAGAACAGGACAUAGGUUUAAAUGUAGAAUCAAAUCAGUACGACAAAGAACAGAGUUUUACUGGUGUACUUGGUUAUUUUAUCAAAGAAUACAUACAUUUACUCUAUGACAGUGUACUAUCAGGUAUCUGUGUUUUUCAGACAGUGAUCUCUGACCUUAACCUCCUGACAGUCUGGCACUGGUGAAGUAAAUGAAGCUGGGAAUGUGCUUCAACAAAGUGUACUCUGUCACGAUGGUAAUGUCCGUGAUAUACACAAAAAUAUACCUGACAAAAAGUAAAGAUAUACUCAGAUGAUGUCAAGUACACUAAGAAAUACUCUGUCCUUGUUUGUUUUUUUACUUCAUUUGUCCAUGUAUUUGAUCGACAUUCACUAUGAUUUUAUUGGUCAUUUUAGAAACUGCUUGAAAAUGUCAUUUCACCUGGGCCACACUGCCCCCUCCUGGGUGUGUGUUCUACAGCAGGAAGAUGAAGGUCAGUGUUUCAAUGGCAUUAUUUGUUCUUGAGGGGUCAGGGAGGGGGACUGAGGUGUGAUAUUAUAGGGAUGGGGGUGCAAGUUUCUCUGUGCCUGUAGCUUCAUUAGUUUCUGUAUUUAACUGUAACACAAACAUGUACAGGAAGUGAAAUAAAGAGUCAAAUACUG